AUGAGCAUUCAGACCCCAGGCACACUCAGGAAGCAGGCAAGCCAGGCUCUGCUGAGAAAUGAGGAAUUGGCCAUCUCUGCUCUGGAGCAACUGCCCAUGGAGCUCUUCCCAGAACUGUUCAAAGAGGCCUUCAAAGACAGACACACUAGGAUCGUGAAGGCAAUGGUGGCAGCCUGGCCUUUCCCCUGCCUCCCUGUGGGGACACUGAUGAAGACCCCAGACUUGGAAUCCUUUCAGGCUGUGUUAGAUGCAGUAGACAUGCAGCUGGCAAGAAAGUUUCAUGCCAGGAGGGAGAAAAUUAAGGAGCUGGAUCUCAGGAAGGGGCGCCAUGACUUCUGGACCAUAUGGACUGGAACAGAGGAUGGAGACUGCUCAGAGAGUGGGGAUGAGGAGCAAGUAGUGAAGGUUCUUCCCAGAUACGCAGUGAGGCGGCGUCUGAAGGUCAUAACUGACCUCUGCCUGAGACUCCGACUGGAUGAAGAGCAAGCAUAUUUCUUGCAGUGGGCCCAGCAGAGAAAAGGCUCCCUUCAGCUCUGCUGUGUGAGGAUGAAGAUCUGGGCUCUGCCUCUGUGCACCAUCAAGGACAUCUUGAGUGUUUUCCAUCCCCGGCACAUUGAGGACCUGGAACUGAGCAUGGGUUGGGACGUGUCCACACUGGCACUUUUUGCUUCCUGCCUUGGCCAAAUGAGAAGUCUUCGCAAACUCUCCCUGGCACGCGCCUACAAGAACACUAUCAGGACCAUCAACAGGACAGCAGACAGAGAAGAGAAGUGUGUCAGGAAGUUGGUGUCUCAGUUCUCCAAACUGCACUGUCUGCAGCAUCUCUCCUUGAAUGGCAUCUACUUUCUGAGAGACCACGUGAAACAGGUCCUCAGGUGCCUGAGGAGCCCUUUGGAGACUCUCUCCAUCACUAGCUACAUUCUCUCAGAGUCGGACUUGAAUUAUGUCCCCUGUUGUCACAGCCUCUGUCAGCUCAAACAUCUGGACAUGAGAGGUGUGGUGUUAUUGGCUUUAGAUCCCAUGCCUCUCCGACUUCUACUAGAGACUGUGGCACACUCUCUGCAGUCCCUGGACCUACAGGGUUGUAAGAUGAAGGACUCACAGCUCACUCUGCUCACACCUGCCCUCAGCUGGUGCACCAACCUCACCAAAUUCAAUUUGUAUGACAAUGACUUCUCUGUGAACAUCCUGAAGGACCAUUUGCUGCACACAGCCAACUGGAGCAAGAUGAAUGGAGAGCAGUACCCUGCACCUCUGGAAUGCUAUGAUGACUUUGGUUACAUCGACACAGAAAGGUUCCUCCACAUUUGUCUUGAGCUCAUGAAUGCACUGAGGGCCCAGAGGCAGCCCAAAAGGAUUGUCUUUGCUACAGAUACCUGCCGUGAAUGUGGAAUGCGUUGUGUCUAUGACCUGGGGCCCAGACUUUGUCCUUGCUGGCAGUAAAUAGGGAACAUGACUUCCCAAUUUAUGUGCUCCCCUUCUGGGGUUUUCCUCAGCCCUUCAAAUUCCUGCUAUGUUCAGGGACUGGAAUGUCUCUACCUUACUUCAAGGAUCUACUUAAUCAGGGAACUGUAUUUGAAAUCUUCAGUUGGGUUCUCUUUAUUAAUUGUGUUUUUAAAAUGUCCUUAUUCUGAACCAUUGCAUUCACAAUUUUCUGUAUAUUGAAGCAUCAAUAAAAUAAUUCUGUAUCACA